AUGCUGUCAGAAGGGUAUCUCAGUGGACUUGCCUACUGGAAUGACAUUCACUGGAGUUGUGCAUCUUAUAACGAGCAGGUGGCUGAAGAAAAGAAGGUGGAGAUCAACUCUGCAGCUGCUCUCUCCUACUCCUCUGUGGAUGAAACAGAGGUCCGAAGUUUCUACAUGAGCUGUAAAUCCUCUAGCAAGUUUAUUUCUUCAGUGCAUUCAAGAGAGAGUCAACAUAGUAGAAACCAGAGAUCUUCAGUGCUGCAGCAGACACACUCAAAUCCUGUGUUUGAGAGCCCAAACUUGGCUGCUGAUGAAAUAGGCAGAGACCCCAGCAGAGAGACUUACUUGGUUCCACCUUCCUGCAAAAGUAUUUGCAAGAAUUACAAUGACUUACAUAUUGCAGGGGGUCAGGUGAUGGCCAUUAAUUCUGCGGUAAUAGAUUUUCCCUCUGAGAGCAGUUUUGAAUAUGGCCCUUUGCUAAAAUCAUCGGAGAUUCCUUUGCCUAUGGAGGAGGAUUCCAUUUCCACUCAGCCCAGUGACUUUCCGAUCAGACCUAUCAAGCAGUAUUCAUCCUAUUGGAAAAUAACUAGCAUCAAAGAGAAAAACAGCCUGCAAAUGCAGAAGCCUAUCUCUAAUGCAGCACUGAAUGAGUACCUGGAGCAGAAGGUAGUAGAGUUAUAUAAGCAGUACAUUAUGGAUGCUGUAUUUCAUGACAGUUCUCCAACCCAGAUUCUGGCAUCUGAACUCAUCAUGACAAGUGUGGACCAAAUUAGCCUUCAAGUGUCUCGAGAAAAGAAUUUGGAGACAUCCAAGGCCAAGGAUAUAGUCAUUAACCGCCUGUUACAAUUGGUGUCAACUGAAAUCAGUACGCCUAGCCUUCAUAUUUCUCAGUAUAGCAAUGUAAAUCCAUAG